AUGUUUGAAGAAAUUUGGCCCGAUCGUGACUUCUUGCCGAGAUCGUUGCCUAAAGAAGAUGAUGUUGACGAUGGAGAAGACGGUGGGAAAGCGGAGGGAAAUCUAGUGGAAACUGAACAGGGAAUAGGCGUUGAAGAGCAACGACAAAGGGGAGAUGUUCAAAAUGAGUUCGUGGAUGAAGAAAAUGCAAUACAGCAACAACAACAAUAA